AUGGCAAAGAACAAGUCAGAAAUCUCACCCGAGACGAUCGAAUUUUGCGAACAGAUGAAGCUUAUCACGGGACAAUACCCUACCAUGUGGUGGCUCGACAAUGGAUCCGAGUCCAAACGCUUGAUAGCUCGGGACGGAUCAAAGGACAUGACUGACGAGCCCAUCGUUGCCACCACGAAGAGGUUUGCCGACGCCCCAACCAACGCCUCGUCUGCAAGAGUAUCGAGUUCAAAUAUGAAGCAAAAAACCAGAGGAGCACUCGGGGAGCCAAGGGAGAUCUGCUAG